AUGCUCGUGGGAAGGUCGGUUCCGGAACUCAUCCUCGUGAGGUCUAUGGUCAUAUACUUUCAGUACCUCGGGUUUCUCUGCUUCCUCUACUUUUGGUUCAUAUUCGCCCUCGCUGGUGUACCCGGCAUCGCUCAUCCCAUAUCCAUCCUCAUCGAAGUCAUUGGCAUCGUCGAAAUCGUCUUUUAUUUUGCCUGGUUCGUACCGUAUCGCCGUCGUCUACAGAAACCCGGCCUACAACCAGAGCCUCUGAACCAGGAAGAACGCCGGCGGUUCUUCUACCAGGGACUGGAUCACGCACCAGAUAUCGAGCAGUAUAUCCGAAAAUGGCACUGUAACGCCCAGCUCGGCGAUAUUCGCAGGGAGAAUGUCAAAGACUGGCUGAUGUGGGCAUUGUUCGACAAGCAAGGCAACCCGCAAGAGCAUGACGAAGAACUCGAGGAGUACAUUGCGGAAACCGAAGAGCGGGCUGGAGUCAAUAUCAAGAGAGGCUUUGGAGACGCAACACCGAUGCGACUCAGUUUUGAUUCCAUCACAAUCACCCACCGGAGCCUGAUGUAUUACCUUACUACUGGCACCCUCGACUUCUUCGCAACCCUUGUCCUCUUUAUCAGAGGCUUCAAAUUCUACCGUCAACCACGCAACACCUUCUUCUCCGUCUUCCCAUGGCGGCCCAUGACCCUCUUCUCACCCAACGAGUCUGCCGACCCGAAGCUAAGCUACUUCUGCCGCCCGCACACGUCGGAGACCAAGCGUCCCAUCCUCUUCAUGCACGGCGUCGGCGUCGGCAUGCUCCCGUAUCUACUAUGGCUCUGGAGCAUUCCCAAGGACGUCGGCGUGCUCUGCAUCGAGAUUCUCCCUGUCUCCUCGCGUAUUUGCCCCCCUCUGCAGACGACCAAGGAGCUCGUCGACGGCAUAGACGCCAUCAUCAAACAGCAAAACUAUAAUGACUUUGUCUUUGUUGGAAACUCCUUUGGCACGCUCUUCGUUUCUCCGCUGCUACAAAGACCCGACAUCGCGACAAAGAUCAACUCCAUCGUUCUCAUCGACCCCGUGUCACUGCUCCUCCACCUCCCCGCCGUAGCCUACAACUUCACGCGGCGCACACCGAAAUGGGGCAACGAAUGGGAAAUCUGGUUCGUCGCCACAGAUCCUAUGGUUGCACACACCCUUGCCCGCCGUUUCCGUUGGCAAGACUUUAUCCUAUGGACGCCCCAGCUACAGGGAAAGCGCACCACCGUCGUCCUCGGCGGCGAGGACUGCGUCACCGACCCAGAUGCCGUGGCGAGCUACGUCUACUUUGGCGAUCUCAACUACACGCGGCACGACAAGCCCGAGUGGGCGACGACGCCUCAGAGAUGGAGCGGGAAAGGAGAGCUGGAGCUCAUGUACCUGGCCGGCAUGGAUCACGGCCAGGCCUUUUUGAGCAUCAAGCAUAUGCCGCAGAUUGGUAACGUUGUAAUAGCCUAUACGCACCUUAGCGGGGUCAUGGACUCGAGGCAAGCGGAUGUCGCCAAGGAGGAAGAACAGAACCAGAUUUGA